AUGACAAUAAUUAUUGACGAAGAGGCGGAAAAAGAAUUGCGAACGUUUAAGGAGAAAUGCACAAGAUGUCUCCGUGGUCCCAAUUUACUGAAGACUUUGGUUGUUGUUGGCUGCAUUAUAAUAGUGGUGCAACAGAUAACUGAAUGCAUAAACAAGCUGGUGAUUAAUAUACCAGUGGUGACUUAUACGCAUUUCGAUUUCAACAAGUCUAUCUUGUAUCCUAGCAUCACAUUUUGCAGAGAGCCUGCUUAUAAGUACGACAAGCUACUGGACUACGGUUUAUACUCCCAUCCUCGAUUCACGUCAACUUGGAUGCAAUUCAACUUCUCUGUCAACCUCGAACACCUUUGGGAUGAGAUCACGUACAAUGAAGGAGAAUUCUUCGUCCAGUACGGCCUUGACGGAUUAGCGGAAAACGUAGAAGUAACCUCAACUCUGGGAUUUAUGACGGGGCGCUGCUUCACACUGUCUCCCAAAGUGCAGCUGCGACAGGCGUCUAAGGCCACGGGGUAUUCCAUCACUCUCCAACAUCGAGACCUGGAUAUUGCCACCAGCACCGGCAUCUGUCCUCCAGGGUACCACGUCUACGUACACUAUACCCGUGAGCCAUUCACUGAAGUAGAAGUAUACAACGGCGGAUUAGUGGAUUACCUGUACAUCAACGCGGGUGAAGCGGUCGACGCCAAGCUGACUGUGGAUGAGUACGUCAAAUUGCCCAAAGAUGAUGAUCCUUGCACGUAUUUAAGCAAUUAUAGUGCUAAUUAUUGUACAACGCAGUUCGUAUGGAGCCAUGUAGAGACCGUUGUUGGAUGUUCUGGACCAUGGAUGAGGAGUAGCCUACCUCGCUGCAGCAACUACACCGCCAUGAGGAACCUUAUCAGAGCUUACAUCAACACGUACAAAGACCACGAUUGCGAAGCUUGUCCUAGAUUCUGCAGGUCUUAUCUGUACAACGCAUUCGUGACAGACAGACAGAGUUUCUACGUGUGGGAUGUUUCUAAUAAAUUGUGGAGCUUGAAGAGUGGUUACACUCCAUUACAGUCACAGCUGUAUAUUCACUUCAACAGUAUGAUGGUGUCAGUGUACGAGGAGAGACAUAACUAUGAUUGGAACAUUUUCCUGUCGGACCUCGGCGGGAAUAUUGGAUUCCUCCUUGGUCUUUCCGUCAUCAGUCUCAUGUCGAUCCUCGGCAGUAUCUGGUUCGAGAUCAUCAGACCUUUCAUCAUCAGGAAGAAGAUCAAGAAAGAUAUAUUAAGUGUGACCAGCUCCACUCCCACUACUGAUGUGGCGGUUAUCUACAAUAAUUCAAUUGAGAAGUAUUUUGAUUGUAAGAAAUAA